GCGGCGGGCGCAGCAUGAGGCGGGUGACGCUGUUCGUCAACGGCAGCGCCCGCAACGGGAAGGUCGUGGCUGUGUAUGGGACUCUCUCAGAUUUGCUCUCUGUGGCCAGCAACAAGCUUGGCAUAAAAGCCACCAGCGUUUACAACGGCAAAGGGGGGCUCAUCGAUGAUAUUGCUUUGAUUAGGGAUGAUGAUGUUUUGUUUGUCUGUGAAGGGGAGCCCUUCAUUGAUCCUCAGACUGAUGGGAGAGCUCAGGAGGAGCUGACAGGGUCCCACACGGACUGGCUGACUCUCAAUGUGGGAGGCAGAUAUUUCACCACCACCCGGAGCACUUUGGUUAACAAAGAACCUGACAGUAUGUUGGCACACAUGUUCAAAGACAAAGAUGCUUGGGGGAAUAAACAAGAUCCUAGAGGAGCUUUCCUCAUUGACCGCAGUCCUGAGUAUUUUGAGCCCAUUUUGAACUAUUUGCGUCACGGACAGCUCAUUGUAAAUGAUGGCAUUAAUUUGCUAGGGGUUUUGGAAGAAGCCAGGUUUUUUGGGAUCGACUCCCUCAUUGAACACCUGGAAAUUGCUAUUAAGAAUUCCCAGCCAGCUGAGGAUCACUCUCCCAUCUCUCGGAAGGAAUUUGUCCGAUUCCUGCUGGCCACGCCCACCAAGUCGGAGCUGCGCUGUCAGGGUCUGAAUUUUAGUGGAGCCGACCUUUCCCGCCUGGAUCUUCGUUACAUCAACUUCAAGAUGGCAAAUCUGAGCCGCUGCAACCUGGCCCAUGCCAACCUGUGCUGUGCCAACCUGGAGAGAGCUGACCUGUCUGGAUCCGUGCUGGAUUGUGCCAACCUGCAGGGGGUGAAGAUGUUGUGUUCCAAUGCAGAGGGAGCAUCCCUGAAAGGCUGCAACUUCGAAGAUCCAUCAGGCCUUAAAGCUAAUUUGGAAGGUGCCAACCUGAAGGGUGUGGACAUGGAGGGCAGUCAGAUGACCGGGAUUAACCUGCGAGUGGCCACGCUGAAAAAUGCCAAACUAAAAAACUGCAACCUCAGAGGAGCCACGCUGGCAGGGACUGACCUGGAGAAUUGUGAUCUGUCAGGCUGUGACCUACAAGAAGCAAAUUUGAGAGGCUCUAACGUGAAAGGAGCAAUCUUUGAGGAGAUGCUGACACCCCUGCACAUGUCCCAGAGUGUCAGAUAGGGGCCAGAACACGCUGAAGAGGAAGGAAUCCAAACAUUCAUCGUGACUUUCUUCACCUCCUCCCCUUGCUGAGUUCAAGUCAUGGUUAUUAGCCACCUUCCAUUUGCAGUAGUGCCUAGGUAAACUCUUUUUGAUCACUUUUUGGGGAGGGAAUUUUUGUUUUCCGAGGUACCAACAGAGAGUUUGUACCUCUGUGAGCAGAGUGAGGAAUUGGGCUGGUGCUGAAACCAGACAGUGUGGCAGGUAUGGGGGGGGAAAGGGUUCAAUGGUUUCAUUAUUUAGCAUUGCCUCACUUUGGAAUGCAUUUUAAUUUAUCAAGCACAAUAUAUGCAAUUCUAUUUAUUAAAUCUGUAGCUGCAAUAUGAAUAGAAAACGUUACUCCUGUACAGUAGCAACCAAGUUGAGGUUUACAGGUGUUUAUUUCCAGUCUGUGUCCAUGCCAGGGGUGGCUCAGUGUCCCCAGGGGGUGCUCAGGUCUCUGCUGGGGUGGAAGCUGAUGGGAACAUCCCUUCUCAGAAAUUGGAUGUAUUUAAUUAAUCCUCUCCAAAUGAGCGUGGAGGUGCACUGUCAAUCACAGCUGCUGAGACAAAUCCUGCUCUCACAUGUCCUGACCACUCCAGGCUGGAGUUCCUGCAGAGUUUUCACCCUCGGUGGUGAAUUCAAUGCAGAGAGGAAAGUGCAGAGCUGUCACCAAAGCAGAGAGAGGCAGAGGGGCCCCAGCUCGAGCUCCACCCUCCCCUCCUGACCUCAACAGGUGAAUAUUUCCCUGUUCCCCCUCCAUGUACUAUGCAAGGACUCCCUGAGAGCUCCCUGGCUGUCAUCCUUUUCCCAGCUGGAUCUCCCUGUUCUCUUUGGGCACUUUGGAGGUGGCUGGAUCUUACCUGGGGCCAGGUGCCCUCCAUGCCCUCCCACACCUGCUGGGCCUGUGCUGAGAGCAGCUGGAGCUGCCUGUGUGGGGGAACUGUGCAGGGCAGAGGCCUCAGCACCCCUGGAUGUGGAUCAGGAGCUGCUUCCCUGUAGGAUCCACAGAGUUCUCAGCUCACACCAACCUUUAUUUUACACACAAUCAAAAAGCACAUGAAGAAACUAUACCAAAA